UACAGUAUGGAGUAAUAUCAUUUGACAUUUAUCAAUUGUGUGGUAAUAUUAUUUCUCUAUGGUCUUGGUCUAUAAAAUAUUAUAUUCCAAUUUCCAGACUCCAGUCAUAUUUUGUAAUAAAAAGUGUAUUUUUAAUAUCUCCAAGGUAUGUAUAGCACAAAAUAUGCUCACCGUGUUCCAGAGAUCCAUGAAGCAUCGGCGAUUAUGUACAUCAUUUCCUAUAUGUAUGGUUAGAAUUGCAUUUCAUCAGUCAGUUACUUUAUCACGACUUAGGUGCAAUACUGUCAAGAUCAAUAAUAAUAAUGGCAUACUAGCAAGAAAUUACACAAUAGAAAAACCUACAACUCCGUCUUGUGACAAUAAUGAAAAAAAACCAGGAAUAUUACAAAGAUUUAAAAUAGCGUACAAAAAGUAUUGGUUUGUUGUACUACCUGUCCACUUGGUUACAUCAUCUGUAUGGUUUGGUUCAUUCUACCUGAUUUCGAGCAGUGGAAUUGACAUUCCUGCUCUUUUAGAUUCAAUAGGCUUACCUGCAUGGAUAUCAGAAAAAUUGAAAAAUGGUCACUCUUUUACAGGACACUUAGUCAUUUCUUAUGCGUUGUACAAAUUGUUUACACCUAUUAGAUACAUGGUUACUUUGGGUGGUACAGGUAUAACAAUUCGUUAUUUACAAAAGUUUGGUUACAUGGCCAAAAAUGUCAAGAAAAAGUAGUUUUAUUGUUAAAAUGUUUCAAACGUAUUUAAAAUCUGUUUACUUUUAUACUUAAAAAAUAUACAUUAAAAUAAUAAAAAUGUUAUAUUUAAUAUAAUAAC